AAGUUCUUUCUUGCCGCCUAAGGCGUCGCCGGGGAUAGCGAUGAUCGCCUCCGCGAGCUCGAGAAGUAGUGAGGGUUUUCGAUCAUCUUGCGCGGAUCCAAGACUUUGAGCUGCAGGGGAGCCGCGGCUGCCACAGCAGGAUGGAGAGAUGUGAUCUUCUUGAUCGCGAGCGCUUGGACGAGCAAGAACCGGGAGGAGAUGGGCGGGGGAGGCGCUGCUGCUCCAAAUUUCGGUGCCAAGCUCGAUCGAGGAACCCUGCCGCCAUCGCAGAAUCUGUGCCCCGACGGAUCGGUGGGAUGCCAGGAGCCAGCUCCAACGAUGGUGAUCGUCAUCGCCGGCCUGUGCGUCAUGCUCUUCCUCAUCGCGAUCGCGUUGCUGCUGCUCUUCUACUCGUAUUACAAGUACCGGAGGCCGGCCAGGGUGGGAUUGGACGUGGAAUCGGCCGCAGCUCUUGCGGCUAUGGAUGCCGCCGCCGGAGAGGACGAGGGUAGCGAGAACUACGAUGGGGCUUUCUUGGUGUUGAUGCCCGGCGACGAGGAGCCGCAUUUCUUUGCGAGACCGAGUCCAUUGCCGGGGGAUUUGGAGGAUCCGGAGGGUUUUACUGGCGAAAUUUUGGCUGGAAUUCUCGACGCCGUGCUGGAUCGAGAGGCAGAGAUCCCUGGCAAUGCUGAUGGUUCCAGUGGCGGUGGUGGCAGUGUGGAUCAGGGUGAGAAUGGGAAGGAUUUGAGAGGCGGAGGCGAGGAAGACGAUCCCUCGAGGAGGCACCGAUAGGAAGUAUAGAUUCUUCUCUCCAUUCCUUCGAGGAAAUUUUGUCUACUGACACCAGUUUUGUGAAUUGAAUCGCUUCGAUUUUGCGGGAGCGAUAUGGGAUUGUCGCAGUGGAACUCACUGCUUGCCGCGAAUGCCCGGAGGAAGAAUCUGGAUGGCGUGAAGAGCGUCUUCGAUCGAAUGCCACUGCGCGACGCGAUCUCCUACACGAUCAUGCUCAAUGCCUACGCUCGCAGCGCGAGAAUCGAGCUAGCAGUGGAAAUCUUUACGCAAAUGCCACACAAAGAUCUCGUCGCUUCGAAUUCUCUCGUGGAAGCAUUUGCCCAAUUGGGGCAUUUGGAAGAAGCUUUGCGAGUGUUCCACGCGAUGCCACUGUGGGACGUCGUGACGUGGACAAGCCUUUUAACGGCCAGCAUACGUGGCGGCCAUGCAGAGGCCGCUUUUUCCGUGUUCCAACGCAUGCCGGCGUGGGAUCUUGUGUCGUCGACCGCGAUGCUAGCAGAAUAUGCCGAUCACGGGCGUUUGGAAGCUGCGCGGGACAUUCUGUUGGCGAUGGAGCUGCGCGAUAGGGCUUGUUUGAAUGCGAUGUUGGCGGGAUACGCCAAGAAGGGGCUGCUGGAAGAGGCGACGAGGGUUUUCCAGGGAAUGCCGGAGCUGGAUCUCAUCUCCUGGAAUUCGAUGCUGCUGGCGCUCGUCCAGGGCGGGAGCUACGCCGAGGCGCAGCGAUUCUUUAAUGAGGCGAUGUCGCAGUGGGAUAUCGUCUCCGCCACGAUGAUGCUCAAUCUCUUCUCGCAGAUGAUCGGUAGUGAAUACCAGGCAGCGGCUGUGGCGGCAUUGUGUGAAUCUUUGCCCGUCCACGACGAAAUCUCCUCCACCGCGCUUCUUUCCUUGCACGCUCAAUCGGCUCGAAUGGAAGAAGCCAAGGUCGUGUUUGAUCUCAUGCCGGAUCACAGCUUAGCCGCCUGGAACGCGAUCCUGGCGGCCUACUGCGGCAAUAAUCUCGACGAGGCUGUGGAGCGGCUGUGGAAUCGGAUUCCAGUCCUGGAUCUGGUCUCCUGGAACACGAUGCUCGGCGCCUACAUCCGCGAGGGCAGGAUCCACGAAUCCAAGCGCCUGUUCGAUGCGAUGCCGGAGAAGAAUCCAUACUCUUGGACGCUGCUCGUCUAUGGCUACGCGCAGCUAGGCCUCUUGGAGCGCGCCCUGGGCGUGUUCGUGGCCAUGCCGGAGAAGGACCUGGUGGCUCUCACCGCGAUGAUGGACUCCUACACUCGCAAUGCGGCCUUCGAUCGGGCAGUAGAGAUCUUCAACGAGGCCAAGCUCGUGGAAUCGCCGGAUCGCGCUUGCUUUGCCUCGGCGCUGGUAGCAUGCAGCCAUUGGGGCAGGGUUGGAAUGGGGAUGCGCGUGCUGGACUCCAUGGAGAGGGACUACGGCUUGAUUCCAGGUGAGCAACACUACCGAUGCGUCAGUGAUCUGUGGGCUCGAGCGGCUGAAAGGGUUUAGCUUUGGAGGGACU